AUGGCGUCAAUAUUCUACCGGCCAUCCCGAGUGCCUAGGCAAUUUUCUGCCUGGCGUACCUUGUUUCAACGCCCUGCAUCACCAGUGCGUGAGUUGUCUCGAUCACCUUUCACUCUCGAAUCAACGGAGAAAUUCGAGGAAGAAACACUGUCAUGGUACCAGGUGAUUGGUAAACUGGGCUAUGGUGGACACUCAACUGUUUGGUACAAUCAAGGAGCGAUGCGAACAUACGGAACUUUCACAAAUAUUCAAGGAAAGAACAUCAUGAUGGCUGUCGAAGACACUGCGAUCUUAGCCAACUUUGAAGAGGAAGAGAAAUCCAGUCCUAGCCCGCGGAAAGUCGUUGGAGAUCGGGUGAUCUAUGCAUCUCGAAAGCUGAGGAAAACCAAGCAACAUGGUCAACCUACGCUAUGUGAUUUUGGUCAGGCUCGGCGUGGGUCGAAUACUUACUGCGGGGAUAUUCAGCCUUAUAUCUACCGGGCUCCCGAGGUGCUAUUGCGAAUGCCUUGGAACGAAAAAGUUGACAUCUGGAAUGUCGGAGUGCUGGCAUGGGAUUUGUUCCAACAAGGUCAUCUAUUUUGCGCUCGAGAUUCAGAUAAGCAAAGCUCUGGUGCUCAUCAUCAGGCUGAGAUGAUUGCAAUCAUGGGGCUACCACCGAAAGAUAUGGUUUGGAGCAGUGUCUAUGCGACCGAAUUCUUCGACGGAGAAGGCAAUUUGGAGGGUGAACCGCAACGGCUGUUACUCCAAUUCCUGCACAAGAUGCUCAGAUGGAAGCCCGAGGAGAGAGAAUCGGCAAGAGAGCUACUGGACGAUCCUUGGCUACGGUCACCCUAA